UUAAGGAUUUCGAUUAAGAGAUUCCGUCGCAUUUCUUACGUAGAGUAAAGGUUGCAUAUAACUUUAAAAAGCUAACCUUGACAAGGGAACUUUAGGUUUCAAGCUAUACUCUAUAUAUAUAUGUGUGUGUGUGUGGUUGUAGGCAAAUAAUAAAACUCAAAUAUUUAUACGUUAUCAAGACUUUAAUUCAACAUGGAGGAUUCACACUAUGUAGGAAAUCAUAUCUCUGAGGUGUUAGAAAACGGGACCAAGUUCAGAAUUUAUCCUUCAGCCUUUAAUAUCGUUUGGGGAAAGGAUGGAAGAUAUUGGAAAUCACCCAAAGAGGAAAAGGAUCCAGCAACACUUGUACAAGUGAGUUGGCUAGAGGUAACAGGGUUGUGUGACAAAGUAGAAAAAGACACAAAAUAUGAAGUCAAGUUCAAGGUGAAAUUGACACCAGAUUCAUUUGGAUUUAAUGAGUUACCCCUCUAUUUUAUGGUAAAAUAUGGAUCAAAACAAUCAUGGAAGAAAAUUUAUUUAACAAAAGAUGCUAAUGUUGAAUCAAAUGGAUCAUAUGUUGGACCAAAUAAUCUUACCAUUACAACAACUGACUCUCGAUCGGGAGAUAGCAACCUUUGUUUUGGACUUUAUGAAGUUUGGAGUGGAAAAUGGAAAGGAGGAUUAAUCAUCGAAGAAGUAAUUAUUCAGAAGAUGAAUCAAUAAAUAUAUUAUAUAUGAUAAUAAUAAAGAAAUGCUUCACACAAGUUUUAUGUUAUAAUAACCAUUGGAACUAAUCCCUCCAAAUGCUUUUAUUUAUUUCCUUGUAAUAAAUGUUUCUCUUUCUGUUUCACCUUAUUGGCUUCUAUUUAAAUUUACUCUUCUGUUAAAUCUGA